GGGCGACGGCCGCGCUAAGAUCCUUAAUAAUGGCCAGCUGCUGACUCUUUCACUCGAUAAGGCUUCUGGCUCCGGAUUCCAGUCCAAGAGAGAGUACCUCUUUGGCAAGAUUGACAUGCAGCUCAAGCUCGUCCCGGGCAAUUCCGCCGGCACAGUCACCGCUUACUACCUGUCGUCUCAGGGGCCGACACAUGAUGAGAUCGACUUCGAGUUCCUCGGAAACCUUAGCGGCGACCCUUACACGUUGCACACCAAUGUGUUUACGCAGGGAAAGGGCAACCGGGAGAUGCAGUUCAAGCUCUGGUUCGAUCCCACCAGCGAUUUCCACACCUACUCUGUUUUAUGGAAUCCCCAACAAAUUAUAUUCAUGGUGGACGGAACGCCCAUAAGGGUAUUCCGGAAUCUGGAGACAAGAGGGGUGGGAUUCCCAAAGAGUCAGGCCAUGAGGAUCUACUCCAGCCUCUGGAACGCCGACGACUGGGCCACCCGGGGAGGACUCAUAAAGACGGACUGGAAAAACGCGCCAUUCACUGCUUCUUACCGUGGCUUCAACGAGGAUGCUUGCGUCGUCGGCGGAUCAAGAUGCGGCGGAGCAGGAACGUGGAUGGAUUACGAGAUGGAUGUGACGAGCCAGAAGAGGAUGUCGUCGGUACAGAGCAAUUACAUGAUCUAUAACUACUGCGCCGAUCACAAGCGAUUCCCACAAGGGCUGCCUACAGAGUGCUCCAUCAAUUGAGAAAAAUUAGGUUCAACAAGAAAUAACUGUUAUGUAUUGUAGUUAAUUCUUUUAUUCUUCGAUCUGUAAUGUGACGUUGAUGAUUUUUUUCCGUUAGUCUAUAAUUCUUUCUCUUUUUCGUAAAUUUAAUGUUUAUAAACGAAUUCAUUUUCAUUGGGGUUUA